AAGCCAAAUCCAAUAGCCAAGAAGAGAAGAUGACUACUAUGUGUGUUUUCAUAUUCUGUCUUCUGUCAAAUUUUGAUUGGAUGAGUUUUUAAGAUUUCCUUGAGUUAAAUAAUAAUAAAAAUCGAAAUUGAUCUGAAAGUAUUUGUAAUGGACAUACAGCUUUAAAUUUACAAUUUAGCGUAAGAGCAGCAGAUAAUAAUGGAUCCAAACCUACCGCCUCAAGGAUUUGUUCCUCCUCCGGGAAUCGGUACCCCGCCACUUUUGCCCCAAGUCCCAAUGCCUGGAAUGGGAGGGUUUGCUCCUAUUAUUCCCUCUUUUAGUGUACCUCCGCCAGGAUUUGGGGGAUUUGCGCCGCCUGGGGGAUUGCCGGCAGCUAACCCAGCUAACGAAUGGACCGAGCAUAAGGCUCCUGAUGGAAGGACUUAUUACUAUAACUCCGUUACCAAACAGAGUUCCUGGCAGAAGCCUGACCAGUUGAAGACACCUGCAGAGUUGUUACUCUCCCAAUGUCCUUGGAAGGAAUACACCUCCGACAAUGGUAAAAUAUAUUACCACAAUGUCACCACGAAGGAAUCCAGAUGGAUUAUACCCCCUGAAUUGGAGGAGAUCAAGAAGAAAAUUGCCGCAGAAGAGCUGAAUCCUCCAACAGCACCUGUGACGCCAAGGGAUGUGAUCAGUCCCGUGCCUGUACAGCAACCCCUGUCAGUAGCAGUUCUGCCAACAGCAGUAGCUCCUUUGUCUCCGUCAAUUCCCGUACCAAGUGUUUCAUCAGCACCCAGUCCUGGCGGAAAGAGCGCUCUGGAAGCAGCAAUGGCUGCCACACUGGCCUCAAUAUCUUUACCUGUACCUCCAUCAAAACAAGCAGUCAUCAUUUCAGACGAGGAUUCCAACAUGUCUACUCACAGCGAUCCUGGCACCAAAGAAUCCCGCAAUUCGACACCCGAGCCGAAAAUCUUCAAAGACAAGAAGGAAGCCAUGGAGGCUUUCAAGGAGCUCCUUAAAGACAAGAACGUACCGUCCAACGCGACCUGGGAGCAGUGCGUGAAGAUCAUAUCAAAUGAUCCACGUUAUGAAACCUUCAAGAGGUUGAACGAAAAGAAGCAGGUUUUUAAUGCAUACAAGACUCAAAAGCAGAAAGACGAGAAGGAGGAGCAAAGGUUGAAAUCGAAAAAAUACAAAGAGCAAUUGGAGGAAUUUUUGUUGAAAACUGAUUUGAUAACGUCCAAUACCAAGUACUAUAGGUGCGAUGAGAUUUUCUCAACUAUGGAGAUAUGGAGCAACGUAGCAGAUUCAGACCGCAGAGACAUCUACGAAGACGUGAUGUUUACGCUGGCAAAACGCGAAAAAGAAGAAGCGAAAUCUCUGAAAAAACGCAACAUGAAAAAACUCUCUGAAGUGCUAGAGAGCAUGACAAAAAUCAACUUUGAUACGACGUGGAGUGAAGCGCAAGUAUUACUGCUGGAAAACAAUUCCUUCAAGAAUGAUGUCAAUCUUCUGGCUAUGGACAAGGAGGAUGCAUUGGUGGUUUUUGAGGAGCAUAUUCGAGUGCUCGAGAAGGAACAGGCCGAGGAGAAGGAAAGAGAGAAAAGGAGGCUGAAGAGACAGUGCAGGAAAAACAGGGAUCAGUUUCUGGCACUCUUGGAUCAUCUGCAUGAAGAGGGAAAGUUGACUUCGAUGUCUCUCUGGGUAGAACUGUACCCUAUCAUCUCAGCUGAUAUUAGAUUCUCCGCAAUGUUAGGCCAAGGAGGAUCGACACCUUUGGAUCUCUUCAAAUUUUACGUUGAAGAUUUGAAAUCGCGUUUUCACGACGAGAAGAAAAUCAUCAAGGAGAUUUUGAAGGAAAAGGAGUUCGAAGUUAAAGUCGAUACGUCUUUCGAUCAAUUUGCAACGGUGAUUUGCGAAGACAAAAGAUCGGCAACCUUAGAUGCAGGAAAUGUCAAAUUAACUUUCAAUUCCUUCUUAGAAAAGGCUGAGGUGAAAGAAAAAGAACGAUUGAAGGAAGAGACGAAGAGAUUGAAAAAACUGGAGAUGAAUUUCAAAACUCUACUAAGGGAAAUGAACAUUGACUUUGAACUCAGGUGGGAUGAGGUCAAAGGAAAACUUGAAAAAGAAGAAGAGUUUGCAGCUUUCGAAUCCGAUUCUGAAAGAGAAAAAAUAUAUAAGGAAUACCAGCACGAGAUGGAGGAAUCUUGCAGUCAUCAUCAUUCGAGAUCUAAAAAAUCCAAGAAGAAGAAGAAGAAGGUCUACAAAUCCUCCAGCAGUGAUUCUGAAAGUGAUCGGCACAAGAAGUCGAAGCACAAAUCGAAAAGUCCUACACCUUACUCGGAGGAUAGCAACGAGGAGUACAGGAAGAAAAAAUCGAAGAAGAAGCACAAGAAAAAGAGUCCUUCAAGCACUCCCACGUCAGACAAAUACAGACAAGAAGAAGGACGAACCGCCGGACCUGGAGAAAUCAGUGAAACAGAACUUGAGAAACAGAGGGCGUUGUUGUUGGCUAAGCUUAAAGAGAGUGAUUGACACUGACAAUGAUAAUGUUUCUUAGAAUAUUUUAGGUUUUUACUGUGUAUUUUAAGUGGUGAUUUUAUUUGGACGAUUUUACACAAACAAGAAUUUUGUGAGAAACAGUGGGCUUGAAACAGAUGGUUAUUCGGAUUAAUGAAACCACAUUUUUUUUCUACACGGCUAUGAUGAUGAACACUUUGUUUUUUUAUAAGCGUAUGCUAGUGAGCUAGCUUACACGUACUUUCAAUAAAUAUUUAUCUUGUAUGAG